UAAUCAUUCUAUAAAUAAGGGGGAUCGGAUUAUUCUCCCUCCUCUGAUCCAGCAAUUGCAACGGAAUGGAGAAGGUGGGCGAUUCUCACUCGUCUUCAGAUCCCGUUUCGCCAACUAGUAACGAGAUGAUGAAGGAGCCUCCGCGGAGACUCGACAUAGGUACUCCAGAAAUCUGUUUCGAAAAGAUAAAAAGUGUCUUCGAAAAGCUUAAAGGGGUAUUAUCUCUUUUAUUUAUUGGAUUAUCUCUCCUGUUUUCAACAUCCUAUUCGGCCAUAAUGGGAGUGAUGAUCAGGGUUUACCUUCAUACUCAGAAAUAUGAGUUAGGAGAAAGUGGCAGGAACCCUAAGAUGCCGAUUCCCGAUAUUGCUCGGCGUACGGAAGUACUCUACCAUGGUGAAAAAAAAACUGAGUUCGGAAAUUACCACAAUGGCAUAGAUAGGACAGUAAGGGCCAUGGACUGCAUUCAGAGUAAAACGUCACGAGUGUCGGCGUUGCAAGUAAUUGCAUCACAAGUGUCAGAAGUUGCUAAUACGAAAAUCACAAUGAAGCACAGUAAAAAAUAGUCGAUGGUGGUGGUGAUGAUGGUGGUGGUAAUGGUGGAGUUAUAAAUAAAAUAAAUAGUUAAAAUUGUUUUUUAUCAUUAAAAGUUAUGUAUGAAUUGUUUUUUUAGUUGUAA